CACAGCUGACCUAAAGGUUAUACCAAAAGCUUGCAUACACACUGGCUAUUUGUGGAUAAGACUGGCCACCCCGGUUCUAUACAAUGCCUAGCAAAUUUCCAGAACCAUCCUGUAAUACGCCGACUCUGCCCAGUGCUAUGUUGUGAUUUUUGUUCCCUAAUCUUGGCAGAUCUGCUCAAGCGCUCUCAUGUUGCUUAUGUAUAGCAAUUUUCAAGCUUUUAAUAGGAAUAGAGUCAGAACUUUGCUUGGUCUCCUCAGGGAUUUUCACUUUUCUUACUUCUAAUCCAUUCUAGUGCAACUUUGGUCUUGUUUUUCCAAUCACAUUCUCACAGAAAGGCAUAUUAUAUUUUUGCCUGUAUGAAAUUGGCUUUCUCUCAAAUUCCCUCAAAGCUAUUGAUCUCUGUUUGAAGAUAAAGCAUCCCCACCACAGUAUGUCAUCAUGAUCUGUAACUGUACUGACUUCGUGGAGUACUGUGUUGGAUCUGCUGAAAUGUAAUUGUAAACCAAAUAAUUGUAUCUUUCUUUGAAAAACAAAUUGUUUAUUUUUACAAAGUAAUUCCAAGCAUUCUUCUAAACUUUAUUUAGCCUUUGGGAUAAGACUUUUAGCACAAAUCAUAUUUUUUCCAGGCCAGUGUAUAGGUUGCAACACAAUUUUGCUGUUUGAUGUGCAUUUUCCCUGAUAUCAGCCAUUGAACUCCUCAGAUAUUUAAAAGUAGUCAAUGGGCCAACAAUAUCUUUUGGCAAAAUUCCUGUUGGCAAGACACUAGAUUCAUUUUAUAUGGUUUUGUGUGGCAUCUUCAAAGAUAUCAAGCAAAGCUAAUUUAGAAUAAGCACACUUACCAUAAUGACAGAAUGUCAUUGUCAUUAUUUGUGCUAACAGUAUUCAUAAUAAAUGUUCAUUUGAUCACAGAAAUCACAGCAUGAGGUAUCUAGACUUUCAGGGAAUGUAUGGUGGCAUUUCAGAUUGGUACUCAAAUACCAUGUAGUUUGGGGAAGACAUACAUGAAUAAAUGUAUAGAUUUUACACAUCUAUAACAGAUAAGGCAUCUAUGCUCCAAUACCAUCAAGCAAUGGAAUUCUGUGACUUAAUUGCUUAAGCUCUCCAACCAGCUGUUGCAUAGUUUCAUAUAAUUUACAAGAUCAUACUAGCUCCAUCAUUCCAGCAGCUAUCGCUAUUGCCAACUUCUUCUCUGCUCUUCCAAACUUUCCUCAGGCCUCCACCAUGCAUGUUACCCAGCUUAUAUUCUAGUAUAAUUCUUUCGCACUAUAGAGCCAACAGAACUCAAUAGUCAAAGUGAACAGACAAUGUCUUCUGGAGUAGUUCUCACAUGGAGGUACUGACCCACCAAGAGCUGUUAAUGGUCAACCAACUCAAAUUCAGACUUAACAUGCCUUGCAUUUCCAUUCAUCAUUAGUAACUGGUAAAUUCAAAGUUUUCUGAAAGUAUCCAUGAAAGGACAUGCUACAGAUGAAGAUACCCAAGUGUACCAUGAAAACAGAUGUUUCAAUUAGUGUUCUCCAAGGUUGACCACAUAGUCGUCCUGUUCACGCCUUGGUUGGAGCCUCAUUGUGCAACGCAGGAGGCUUAUGGUUUUCCGGACUUAAAAAAAAAGAAUGCAAAAGGAAAGGAAAGGCAUACAGAAGGAGAGAUUUUUGCAACAUUUGGAAGUUAGCUCUAGCAUGGAUUCUCCCCCUAACCCCCCAGAAUCAAGAUCCCUUAGAGGGUCGUCCUGUUCCCCUAAAUCACCGGACUCCAAGUCCAAAAAGAAGAACAGCAAACCCUGCAGCAAGAAGACCAGCCUCCAGGAGGCCAAGAAGAAAGGAAGGAUGGAGCAGAGCAGAGGAGAAGAGGAGAUGGCUAAGCAGCUCAAGAACCUGGACCUGAACAGCAAGCUGAAAGCCACAGGCACUGGCCUCGUUUACAGCGACGUCUUUGCCCGCCCCUGCUGCCUCUGGGACAGCGGCCACCCUGAGUGUCCUGAGAGAGUGACGGCUGUAAUGGAGAAGUUGGAGAGCCAGAGGCUGCUGUCUCGCUGUGUCCAAGUGGAGGCGAGGCCUGCGACAGACCAGGACCUUCUGCUUGUCCACACAAAGCAGUAUGUCGAGCUGAUGAAAUCCACCCAGAAGAUGUCUGAGAGCGAGCUCAUGUCUCUCUCCAAAACCUACGACUCUAUCUACCUGCAUCCUGAAUCCUUCCACUCUGCCACAGUGGCAGUGGGUGCUGUCCUGCAGCUCAUUGACAAAGUGCUGAAAUCGGAACUGAGAAACGGCUUUGCUGUCACCAGACCCCCUAGUCACCAUGCACAGGCAGACAAGAUGAACGGUUACUGCAUGUUCAACAGCCUGGCCAUUGCGGCUCGAUACGCACAGACUCAGCACGGCCUGGAGCGGGUCCUGAUUGUGGACUGGGAUGUGCACCACGGCCAGGGAAUCCAGUACAGCUUCCAGGAGGACCCCAGUGUGCUGUACUUCUCAGUGCACAGAUAUGAGGGAGGUGCCUUCUGGCCCCACCUUCCCGAAUCUGACAGUGGGGCGCUGGGCUCUGGGGUCGGUGAGGGCUAUAACAUCAACCUACCAUGGAACAAGACCGGUGUAAAGGAUGCAGACUAUAUCGCCGCCUUCCAGCAACUGCUCCUGCCCGUGGCGUAUGAGUUUCGGCCUCAGCUGGUCCUCGUGGCGGCUGGCUUUGACUGUUUGGCAGGGGAUCCUAAGGGAGAGAUGUCUGCUAGCCCACAAUGCUUUGCUGUAUUAACACACCUGUUGCAGGGUCUUGCCCAGGGCAGACUCAUCCUGGCACUGGAGGGAGGGUAUAACCCUCAGGCUACCGCAGAUGGGGUGUGCGCCUGCGUCAGGUUGCUGCUCGGAGAGUCCUGCCCCCGCCUGGUGCCACAGAGAGCCCCCAGCGACAGUGCCCUGAAGUCCAUCUCGCAGACCAUCUCUUCACUUUAUCCCUUCUGGACCAGCCUGCAGAUACUAGAAGGCGGCCCGAUGUGCAAGGAGACGAGCCCCGUUCACCCGGCCUCAGUGGAGCCCUCUGGUGAGGGCCUAGGGGAGAUGCCUGCACAGAUCACAGGGCUGGCGUAUGAUCAGAGGAUGAUGGAGCACCACAACAUGUGGGACAGCCAUCACCCUGAGCAACCGCAGAGGAUCUCCCGCAUAUUCUCCCGUCACAAGGAACUGGGCCUUGUCUCCCGUUGCCUACGGAUACCGGCACGCCUUGCCACGGAGGAGGAGCUGGCCACGUGUCACAGCUUGGAGCAUAUAGCUAAGAUCAAGUCAACAGAGGGGAUGAAGCCCAGGGAUUUGCAUAGGCUGGGAGAUGAGUACAACUCAAUCUACAUCAGCAGUGAGAGCUACAGAUGUGCCCUGCUGGCAGCUGGCACUUGUUUCAACUCGGCUGAGGCUGUGCUCACUGGACAGGUGAGGAACGCGGUGGCCAUCGUGCGCCCCCCCGGCCACCACGCCGAGAGAGAUGUGGCCUGUGGCUUCUGCUUCUUCAACACGGCGGCUCUGACCGCGCGCUACGCCCAGACCUUUGCUAAGAAGCCCCUCAGGGUCCUCAUCCUGGACUGGGACGUGCACCAUGGCAACGGCACCCAGCACAUCUUUGAGGAUGACGAUAGUGUGCUGUACAUCUCGCUGCACCGCUAUGACAAUGGCCUGUUCUUCCCCUCCUCUGAUGAUGCCGACUUCGACAAGGUCGGCAGGGGAAAGGGCCGCGGCUUCAACGUCAACAUUCCCUGGAGUGGCGGGAAGAUGGGCGACUCGGAGUACCUGGCGGCCUUCCACGCGGUGGUGAUGCCCAUUGCCAGAGAAUUUGACCCAGAACUGGUGCUGUUGUCUGCGGGUUUUGAUGCGGCCCGUGGUGACCCCCUGGGGGGAUACCAUGUGACUCCAGAGGGAUACGCCCACCUGACGCACCUGCUCAUGAGUCUGGCUGCUGGUAGAAUCAUACUCAUACUAGAGGGGGGCUACAACCUGACUUCCAUUUCCGAGUCUAUGUCAAUGUGCACCAGCACGCUGCUGGGAGACAGCCUCCCCCUGCUGCCUCCGCUGCCACCCCCGCAUCCCAAUGCCUCCGUCACAAUCAACCGUGUUCUGCGCUCUCACGCCCUCUACUGGAGUUCUUUGAGAAUACAAAUUCCAGAGUCUCUGCGCUUGUCUCUGCCUUCGCCCAAAGCAAAGGGUAAACGAGUCUCAGGUGGCAGAGACAAGAGGUCUCCGAGACAGGAGACCCCAGCCAAAGGUUCUGAACAGGGUGCUCCUCCUGUGAGUCCGGCAGCAGCUGAAGCAAUGGAACCAGGGCAGCCCAGGACUGCCCAUCAGGAGGAAGGUCUCCAGGACAUCACGGCGGGCCUUGUGUCUUUGAACUUAGACAACAGUUCCUCCAGCCCAGCCUCUGUGCCUGUAGGGGGAGCCAGGCGAAAGGUGAGGCCUGGUUCCCAGGAAAACCCAGCUAAAGGGCCACCAUCUGCCCAGGUGACACCAGGAAAGAAAGAGGUCAUGGAAACCGUCAAUUCCACCCCUCCGCAGGACAAGAUGAUUAUGCCUCUGGUCGAUGAACCAGCCAUGGUUACUGUUGCCAAGGGAAACCCAGAGCCUGGUGAAUCGGACGAGGCGUCUGGUUGGUCAAAGUUGCCGAAGGAUGGGGCAGUCUUUGAGCUCUUUACUGGAGGCCUGGAGACAGAUGAGGGUACGAUGUAUGUGGUGGACCCCUUGCCAUGGUGCCCUCACCUAGAGACGGUCAGGCCGGUGCCCAGCGGGGGGAUAGAUGUGUUUCUGCCUUGUGAAGACUGUGGUUCGGAUGCAGAGAACUGGGUCUGCCUCAGCUGCUACAAGGUGCUCUGCGGCCGGUAUAUCAAUCAGCAUAUGGUGACCCACGGCCUGGUUUCAGAACACCCUGUGGUCCUCAGCUUCGCAGACCUGUCUGUAUGGUGCUACAGCUGCGAGGCUUAUGUUCACAACAAGGUGCUAUACGAGGCAAAAAACGCCGCCCAUCAGGUCAAGUUCGGAGAGAACAUUCCUUAUACGGGAGAGAGUCACUGAGAUUACAGAGAAGACCUUGUGGAGAGGUGGACAGUGGGGGGGCAGGGGGGUGAUUGGAAGUGCUCAGAGAGGGGCAGCCUGGUUUGGCAUGGAGAAAGGGGUAAAGGAAACUCGACCUCUUACCUGUGAUGGCGUCGCUGUGCUGCUUCCAGCAAAGAGUCACAUCUGCCAUUUUCGGAUCUCGCUUGGGCUACCUCUCCACAGGCACAAACACACACAAACACAAACACAAACACACACACACACACACACACACCUACCCACCAUAUCAUCAUGGGGUUUCUGCCAUCAUGUUCUGCUGACUAAUUCCGUCAUCAUCCUUUUUGUCAGUGCAUACCGAUCAGUUUCGGUGCUAAAACCUGAAGUUUGCUGCCAAAGUUGAGGAGCACUAUCAACAGCCUCAGCUGUGAAGUCACUGUAGCACAAAGGCACAAUGACUGUAAUUGCUCACAUCCAGUUAUUGCUUGAACUGCAGUUGAAUUCUGUCCAUUCUUUAGUCUGUAGAGUAAACUAGUGAAUGAUCUGGCCUUGGGGCCCAAACCAGCAGCAGAAAAUCAUUUCUUAUAAUCUCAUAACUUUUACUCAUGUCACCUUGACACACACCGAUAGCUGGAAACCUUUUUCUAACAUGUUUUGCAGAGCUCGGUUGAAUCUUCUUAAAUGUAUUUAUGUUCCCUCUUACAAGCUUAUCCUAUUUUGUGCAUAUAUUUCAUUUCUGAGGAGAGCGUGUGGCAUCUCGAUGCAAAAAUCACGGCAAUAUGGUGCAAUAAUACCUUUUCUACAUGUUUUCUAAAGGCAAUUUAUAACCGUUUCUUUAAUAUCACCUUUCAGUAUUUCUGAUGCACACUGUUGUAUUAAGUACUGUCCUGUGUUGUAUCAUUCAUUACUACCCUGUAUUUUGAAAUGUAAUGUUUGUAAUGUUUUUAUCUGCCAUUCAUGCGUUUUCAUGAUUUUCAAUCUCGGUUUGGUUUUUAUUGCACAAAUACAGCUGGUCACAUCUCCUGUUUUGCUAUCCAGUA